AUGUCGAAAAAUCCAUUUGGAAUUCUAAGGGGAAGGAUCAUAGUGUUGGGCUUGGGCCUCGAAGUAAUUGGAACCUUAAAGAGUUGGGCUCAAAUGAUAAUAGAGGAAGUGGGGCAUAUGUGGGUGAUCGCAGAUUCAAUUGGGUCUGCAUCAGCAAGGCAACCGGCCCAAAGUACUCGUGUAAUUCAUGAAGCGGGAGAACGACGUGGAUGGUUAGAGAAAUCGCAUGGAUUGUGCCAGCUUCCUUACUUGGAGUUGCUUGAACGGCGGAGCAAGGGGUUGUGUUUCCGUUGUGGUGAUAAAUUUCAUGCUCUCCAUCAGUGCCCGGAAAAGCAACUAUGCUUACUAGUGUUGGACAAGAAUGAGACAUUGAACGCCGACGAAGAAAUAGUAGCUUUGGCAAUGACAGAUUCAGAAGAAGAACCCGAGCCAGAAUGUAAGUCUAUGGGGUUGUUAGGGAUGGAGGAAGGAGAAUCAUUGCACUCGAAAACAAUGCGUAUGGCUGGAUCGUUGUUUGGGGUGGUCGUUGAAGUGUUGAUUGACAGUGGUGCGGCCUAUAAUUUCAUUUCAACCGAGCUAACUCAAACUCUGGGAAUAGAGGUACAAGAUUCUAUUAGAAUGGGAAUAAAAUUGGGUGAUGGACACAGAGUGUUAACUCGUGGUAAGUGCUCUGGGUUAGUACUUAAAUUUCAAGAUACUAAAUUCCAAAUUGAUGCAUAUGUCUUGGAGCUAGGAGGAAUGGACCUCAUUUUAGGGGUAGCUUGUCUGAGGACAUUGGGGAAGGUGUUAAUGGAUUGGAGAGACAUGACAAUGCAAUUUCAACAAGGGGAAAGACAAGUCAAUUUAAAAGGAAAUUGUCAAAGGAGAGUUAAUCCAUCAGUAGCAAUCGUCUCAUUGCAAGAAUUUCUAGGCAAUAAGUUGUUGGAGGUAGGAGGUUUUAAAUGGUCUAAUUCCUCAACUAUGGUAAUAUCCAGGGAUUUGACAAAACAGCAAUGUGGGGAGUUGGCGGUUUUGCUAGAAAAACAUGCAGGGAUUUUUCAAGGAUUAAUGGGGCUCACUCCUUGGAGGAGUCGUUCACAUGCAAUCAAAUUACAUGCAAGUCAAGGUCCUGUUAGUGUAAGACCUUAUCGAUAUCCACACCAUCAAAAGGAAGAAAUAGAGAAGCAAGUAAAGGAAAUGUUGCACUCUAGGAUGAUAAGGCCGAGCUCCAGUCCUUUUACUAGUCCAGCUCUUUUGGUUAAAAAGAAGGAUUAUUCUUGGCAGUUAUGUGUCGACUACAGGGCUUUAAACAAGGCCACUAUUCCGGAUAAAUAUCCAAUUCCCGUUGUUGUUGAGUUAUUGGAUGAACUCUACAGGGCUAGCUAUUUUUUGAAGUUGGAUUUGAAAUCGGGCUAUCAUCAAAUCCAGGUUUGCGAUGAAGACAUCUCUAAGACUGCAUUUCGAACGCGCAACAGUCAUUACGAAUAUGUUGUAAUGCCGUUUGGGCUCAUGAAUGCUCCUGCCACCAAGGUUGUCAAACUCGAGAGCCUACACAAACUCGUGGAGCUCUCGUAG